AUGACUAACUUGAGAGCUUCGUCAUUACUUAUCUCUUCUUAUGGUUUAAAUCCGAAAGAUUUCUACAAAGAUGUAACAAAGAUAUUGGUGGUUAGUCAUAAUGGUAAAGGUCAUUUCAAAACCAUCCAAGCAGCUGUAGACUCUGUUCCUAGUGGUAACACAAAUUGGAUUAAGAUUUAUCUUAGACAUGGAACUUACAAUGAGAAGGUAGUGAUUCCAAAGGAGAAAGAAAAGAUUAUAAUGCAUGGAAACAAUGCAGCAAAAGUUGUAAUACAAUAUAAUGACGCAGGAGUAUCUAAUUCGAGUGGUCCUUUCAUAGUAAACGCCCAAUACUUUGUAGCUAUCAAAAUUACAUUCAAGAAUACGAAUACCAAGAUGACACCAAAAAUACCAUAUCCAGCGAUAAAAGUCGCUCCAGCAGUUAUACUAACCGCGGACAAGGCAUGGUUCUAUGGCUGCAGCUUCAUUAGUGUCCAAGACACAGUCGCCGAUUCUUCCGGCCGCCAUUACUUUAAAAAUUGCUACAUCGAAGGAGCCAUCGAUUUCAUAUGGGGAAGAGGCCAAUCUAUUUACCAAAACUGUGUGAUAUACGUUAAAGGAGUGAUACCAAAGGCAAAGGUGAAUGAAGAAGGGGUUUUAGAUGGAUGUAUAACCGCGCAAGGCAGGGAAAGCGAAGAAGACACAAGUGGAUUUGUGUUUAAUAAUUGUGUGAUUGAAGGAGAUGGCAAGGCGUAUUUAGGAAGAGCUUGGCGAGCCUACUCUAGAGUUAUCUUCUAUGGAACUCAAAUGUCCAAUGUCGUCGUACCUCAAGGAUGGGAUCCUAUGAAUCAUCAAGGCCAAGAGGAUAAAUUUACAUAUGCUGAGGUAAAUUGCACUGGGGAAGGAGCGGAUAUGAAAGGAAGAGUUGGAUGGGAGAAGAAGCUUUCAGCUAAAGAUGUUAAAUCUCUUAUAGAUUUCAAAACUUUCAUUGAUGAAGAUGGUUGGAUGGCCACUCUUCCUUCUUCUAUCGUCUCUUUAUAUUCACCUUCUUCCAUUAAUUUUUAG